ACGUAUGAGAUUUGAGUAUUUAUCACAGCGUGGGACAUGAUGACAGGCCUGCUGUUCGUUCACUUUCAAGUGGCAGCAGAAAGAGCGCAUCUAAUAAGCACCUCCAAAGACUCCCCCCUCUGAGAAAGGGAGAGAUUGGGUUUCCAUAUUUAUACACAUGACGAAAAUGCAUUAAGUCCACAGAAGGCAGUCGGCUCAGCACACGCAGGUGGAGAAAAGGAAUGGGUCAUGACCAGGAGGAGUUUGCGCUGAUUGGACUUGUACGACCUGCAUUGUUGUAGAAUCCUGCGCACUGGAUUAUGCUCUUCAUCCUGAUCUGUGGCUCUCACCGCUUCUUCUGAGCUUGCAGAUUCGAUAUAGUUUUGUUUUCUCUGUUAGUCAUUGCAUUCUUUAUUGAAUGCAAACUUCGUCAUGUUUAUCAGAUCAUCUUUUCUCCUCUACUUCGUGGUGUCACUCUCCAAGCUUGCUCGUUGCAUGGAAAGUGAACUUUGCUUCCCGGUUAGAUUGGAUAACCCUAACCAUGACAGGAGGGAUUCUGACAAUGACGUGGAAAACCUUAAUGGAAAAAGUGUUCUUAAAAUACGAGCUUUCCAGCAGGAAUUAGUGAUCGAUUUACACCAGGACUCUCAUUUCAUUGCCCCUUCAAUUUCUAACCAAGACGCAUUCUGGCUCCCAAACACCGACGCAACCGCUGACCUGAGCCGGUGUUUUUACUCCGGAUAUGUGAAUGCUGACCGCUUUUCUUAUGCUGCUUUGAGCCUCUGUAAGGGUUUACAAGGUGCAUUUGGCUUCCAAGGUUGGGAAUAUUUUAUCAGCCCGGUGCAAAAUGACACGAGAAGCGCAGAGAGCGCGCAUAUCAUCCGGCGCAGAGCCAGCAACAACCUGAAGCCCAAUUCAACCUCUAGAUGUGCGGUGAACAGCGACAUCAGUCUCCAUGUUGCGCAAUCGCUGGAGAAAUACAAGCGACUUAAAGAUUACAGCAAUGCGACCGAAACGAUGCUGAAGAGGAUGGGCAGAGCCAAAAGGUUCGCUUCAGUCCCCAGGUACGUGGAGACGCUCGUGGUGGCAGACGAGUCCAUGGUGCAAUUCCAUGGAGAUGACCUAAAACACUACCUCUUGACACUGAUGUCAGUGGCAGCGAGGCUCUACAAACACCCAAGUAUUCUUAACUUCAUCAGUAUCGUAGUGGUGAAGAUCGUGAUUAUAUCCGAGGAGGACAAAGGACCCAAGGUGUCCGGGAACGCUGCCAUGACGCUGAGAAACUUUUGCACCUGGCAAAAAAAGAUGAACAAACAAACCGACAAGCAUCCGGACUACUGGGACACAGCAAUCCUUUUCACUAGACAGGACUUGUGUGGAGCCUCUACCUGUGACACUCUUGGUAUGGCGGAUGUUGGCACCAUGUGUGACCCCAAGAGGAGCUGCUCUGUGAUUGAAGACGACGGCCUACCUUCAGCCUUCACUACAGCUCAUGAGCUUGGACAUGUGUUCAACAUGCCACACGACAACGUGAAGGCUUGCGAGGACGUAUUUGGGAAACUGCAGGACAACCAUAUGAUGUCUCCCACCCUCAUUCAGAUUAACCGCACCAGCCCCUGGUCCCCCUGCAGUGCUGCCAUUAUCACUGAAUUCCUGGACAGUGGCCACGGUGAAUGUUUGCUUGACCAGCCUCAGAAGCCACUGGUCCUCCCCGAUGUGCUGCCGGGAGCAUCCUACAACCUUGAUCGUCAGUGUGAGCUUGCGUUUGGAGAAGGCUCUAAGCCCUGUCCCUUCAUGCAACCACCAUGCGGCCGUCUUUGGUGCACAGGAAAAUCCAAUGGCCACUUGGUGUGCAUGACUCGACACUUUCCUUGGGCAGAUGGCACCCAUUGUGGGGAUGAACAGGUCUGUGACCGGGGAAUCUGCUCAGGCAUGCAGUCCCAAAAUGUGAAGGUGGACGGCCGCUGGGGUAAGUGGGGCCAGUUCGGUUCCUGCUCACGCACAUGUGGAGGUGGCGUCCAGCUGUCUAAAAGGGAGUGUAACAACCCAGUGCCUUCAAAUGGAGGCAAAUACUGCCAAGGGGUUCGGGUCAAAUACCGCUCCUGUAACCUGAACCGUUGCCCUGACACAGGUAAGACGUACCGUGAGGAGCAGUGUGAGACCAGUGGCCUCAAUUUCAACAGCAACCGUAUCAGCCCCUCUGUGGUGUGGGUACCCAAGUACUCUGGAGUGUCUGCAGAUGACAGGUGUAAACUCAUCUGCAGGGCUAACGGCACUGGCUACUUCUAUGUCCUGGCGCCCAAGGUUGUGGAUGGGACACCAUGCUCCCCAGACUCCACAGGAGUGUGUGUCCAAGGGAAGUGCAUUAAGGCUGGCUGUGAUGGAAAAAUUGGCUCAACCAAGAAGUUUGAUAAGUGUGGUAUCUGCGGAGGUGAUAGCAAAGGCUGCAAGAAGGUGUCGGGACUCUUCACAAAGCCUGCGCACGGCUACAACUUUGUGGUCAUGUUACCAGAGGGCGCAGCCAACAUAGACAUCCGUCAGCGAGGCUACAAAGGAAUGAUGAGUGAUGACAACUACUUGGCAGUGAAGAACAGCGAGGGCCAUUACCUGCUCAAUGGGAACUACAUAGUGUCAGCUGGGGAGAGGGACAUCAUUGUGAAGAACAGCUUGCUGCGAUACAGUGGCACAACUGGCCUCUCGGAGACCCUGCAGUCUGUGAAGCCCUUAGGAGAAGCUUUGACUGUGGAGGUGCUGUGUGCUGGCCAGAUGACACCUCCUCGCAUCCGCUACUCCUUCUACCUCGCCCGUCAGACCAAGGAAGACAAGGCUCUCAAAAAGGACAGCCGUGCAAACUCCCAUAAUAGUGUCCUGGCUGAGGACAGCGUGAAGGAGAAGGGAGGUGACACCCUGAAGAAGUCUUAUAACAAGGAGGAUCCUGCUCAUGGGAAGUGGAUAUCUGCAGUUUGGGACAAGUGCUCAGUUACCUGCGGAAGCGGCAUCCAGAGGAGGAUGGUGCAGUGUCUGAGAGCAGAUGGAAAGCCAGGGAUGGACUGUGAUCCUUCACAAAGACCCCCAGCCACCAGGGUUUGUGGAGAUCCAUGUCCUGAGUGGCAUAUCGGGCAGUGGUCGCCUUGCUCCCGAACCUGUGGGAAGGGUUUCAAGAGAAGACCAGUGCACUGCAAAACCGAAACUGGGCAUCUGCUCCCAAGGGACCACUGCCUUGGCUUAAGGAAGCCACAGGAGCUGGACUUCUGUAACCCAAGGCAUUGCUAGUGUCCAAAACCUAUAUAUCACAAAUCUGUUAUGUUUUAGAUGGACCGAACUGAAUAAAUUUGCAAGUAUCGCACACAGUGUGUCUGUCAGGUGCAGAUUUUUACACCUGUAUCAUUGGACACUUGCUUGGAAGAACAACAAGAAUAUUGGGAUGAGAGUGAAACUCACAGGAUGAAUGCUGGAAGAUAUUUUUCACUGCCAUCACUCUGACUUCCAAGGACAUUAUUCAGGUCCAAAAUAAUACAAUAGUCAAAUAAAAUUAAGUCAAAUGUCUGUCAGAAUGCCCUCUUGCCGCAAUUAAUCUAGUUUACCUUAUGAGCCUGGAACCCAUUUCAUGUCAUAAUAUUUCAGCUGUGCAUUUUUCAAAGUGUAAGCCUAACAAAUAGAUCAGAAAAGCCUUCUGGUUGUCCAAAGAAUGGGUUGUGGGGCAUAUAUAUUUUUUUACAUUCUGAACUAAAAUGUACUGCCUGUGUGCACAUAGAGAAGGACAAUCCAUCUGACAAUUAAUGCAAUAGAAUUUUUAACUCAAAUUUUCACUUCUCACUCACAUCUGCUAAAACUUUCCCCAAAACAGACAAUAACGACGCAGCCAGCUUCGCAGCCACCAUUUCUUCCUGUGAUACUAGAAAGAAAUCACCUGUGCUGACGAUACUGAUUUUCUGCAGACCUCACUCAGCACCAGUCUUGGAAACAGUUUAAACUAGCAUCUGAAGUCACUCUGGUGGCUGUCAUGACAGAUCCGACUAAACAAUGCAGGGCCAGUGGUUUUGGUUCCUGUCAGCUGCUAUGGCCGCCAGCUCAGUGAUUUCAUCACUUCACCCAACUUUGCACUGCUCAUCUGAGAUAUGGACUCAGGCUGAUAUCACACAUGCACAUGCAGACACACACACACACACACAUAGACAUAGACAGAGAGAGAGAGUCUUGUUUCCAUCACUUUUGGGGACAUUACAUAGACUUUCAUUCCUUUCCUGGACGCUUAACCACCACCUAACCAUAACAAUAAACAUAACUUGCCUAACCCUAACCCUUACCUUAAUCUAACCCGAAUCUCAACCACACCUUAAAGCAAGUCUUCACCUUAAUAUUUAAUGAUUUAUGUUGUGGGGACUUGCAUUUUGUCCCCAUAAGUAAGGCGGGUCCUCACAAUGUGACUGUGUAAACAUAUUUUGUUAUCACAACUACAGGAAUGCGCACACACACACACACACACACACACACGUGCACACAUACACGCACACCACGCGCACACACAUACACACAUAUAUUCACACACAUGCUCUGUUAAAUUCCUGUAUCCUGUUUGCAGCAUGUUUGAUUGCUUAUUUAAUUUUUUUUAUCAUUUGACUAAAACUUCUCAGUUCAUAGUGUUCAUCCAUGUUAAGUCAUGCCUGUCUGGCACAGUUACCACAGAUAGUUUAUUAUCAAUGAAACAACAAAGCAGAGAGGGGAAAAAAAUCUGGCAAGCCCUCUGUUAUGCUGUACAAAAUGUGUGUUUUCCAGGAUCUCCUUGUUCAUGGCCCCGCAGUCUGAGCCAAGCUGUUCUUUCUACACACUCCAUGAAAUUCUGUAAUCCAUUAUAUUCUUGUUUUGUUUCUUAAAGGGGCCACAUUGUCCAACUGCAGCAUGGAUCCUGUGUUUGUUGGAUUAUCAUUUUUAUUUUUUGUUUUAAUCAGCUUUUGCACUUUGUACAGCAAAAGAACCCUAUGACAUUUGAUACAUGGGCUGUAUUGUAUACUAUGUAUACCUUAAUUCAGCUCUCUGCAAAAAAUAAUGUAAAUACUUUUUUAAUCUCUUUUUUUUUUACACAGUCAUUUGUAAUUGUCUUUGACUCUGGUAUAUUUAUUCCAAAAAUAAAGCCAUUUAGAAA